AUGAGGUUUGCUAAUGUUAUUGUGCUUCUCUUACUUAUCUGCCAACUACAUUUUUUUCUGUAUAUCUCUGUACAUCUAUCCAAGCCUAUUCAUAUCUAUGCCAGUAUGUUUCUUUUCUCUCUAUCUCAGUAUGUUCAUAUCUAUCUAUCUAUACCUAUGUCUAUUCUUCUAUUCCAUAUCUAUCUAUCUCUAUCUAUUCAUAUCUAUAUCAGUAUGUUCAUAUCUAUCUAUAUCUGUUCUGUAUAUCUAUCUAUUCAUCACUAUGUCAGUAUGUUCAUAUCUAUCUAUCCAUAUCUAUAUGAGUAUGUUCCUAUCUAUCUAUCUAUCUAUCUAUCUAUCUAUCUAUCUAUCUAUCUAUCUAUCUAUUUUUGUUCUCAUGUUCAUAUCUAUCUAUUCACCACUAUGUUAGUAUAUUCAUAUUUAUCUAUCUAUCCAUAUCUAUAUCAGUAUGUUUAUAUCUAUCUAAGUCUGUUCCAUAUCUAUGUAUCCAUCUCUAUGUCAGUAUGUUCAUAUCUAUCUCUGUUCUUUUAUAUCUAUCUAUCUAUCUAUCUAUCUAUCUAUCUAUCUAUCUAUCUAUCUAUCUAUCUAUCUAUCUAUCUAUAUCUGUGUCUGCAUGUUCAUAUCUAUCUAUAUUUAUUCUUGUAUCUGCCUCUCGCCUGGGAUCAGUGUAUCCUGCGCCUCUCGCCUGGAUCAGUGUAUCUGCACUCUCGCCUGGGAUCAGUGUAUCGCACUCUCGCCUGGGAUCAGUGUAUCUCGCACUCUCGCCUGGGAUCAGUGUAUCUGCGCACUCUCGCCUGGGAUCAGUGUAUCUCGCACUCGCCAUGGAUCAGUGUAUCUCGCCUCUCGCCUGGGAUCAGUGUAUCUCGCACUCUCGCCUGGGAUCAGUGUCUGCGCACUCUCGCCUGGGAUCAGUGUAUCUGCGCGCACUCUCGCCUUGGAUCAGUGUAUCGCCUUGGAUCAGUGUAUCUGGCACUCUCUCGCCUGGGAUCAGUGUAUCACGCACUCUCGCCUGGGAUCAGUGUGUCUCGCACUCUCGCCUGGGAUCAGUGUAUCUCGCACUCUCGCCUGGGAUCAGUGUAUCUCUCGCCUGGGAUCAGUCGCCCUGGGAUCAGUAUCUGCGCACUCUCGCCUGGGAUCAGUGUAUCUCGCACUCUAGCCUGGGAUCAGUGUAUCUACGCCUCUCGCCUGGGAUCAGUGUAUCUCGCUCUCGCCUGGGAUCAGUGUAUCUCACUCUCGCCUUGGAUCAGUGUAUCUGCGCACUCUCGCCUGGGAUCAGUGUAUCCUUGGAUCACUCUGCGCCCUCUGGGAUCAGUGUAUCUCUCUCGCCUGGGAUCAGUGUGUCUCGCACUCUCGCCUGGGAUCAGUGUAUCUGCGCACUCUCGCCUUGGAUCAGUGUAUCUCGCACUCUCGCCUGGGAUCAUGUAUCUGCACUCUCGCCUGGGAUCAGUGUAUCUGCGCCUCUCGCCUUGGAUCAGUGUAUCUCGCCUCUCGCCUUGGAUCAGUGUAUCCGCCUCUCGCCUGGGAUCAGUGUAUCUACGCACUCUCGCCUUGGAUCAGUGUAUCUGCGCCUCUCGCCUUGGAUCAGUGUAUCUCGCACUCUCGCCUGGGAUCAGUGUAUCUCGCACUCUCGCCUGGGAUCAGUGUAUCGCGCACUCUCGCCUGGGAUCAGUGUAUCUCGCCUGGGAUCAGUGUAUCUCUCGCCUGGGAUCAGUGUAUCUGCGCACUCUCGCCUGGGAUCUGGGAUCAGUGUAUCAGUGUAUCUACGCUCUCGCCUUGGAUCAGUGUAUCUGCGCACUCUCGCCUUUGGAUCAGUGUAUCUCGCCUUGGAUCAGUGUAUCUCGCCUCUGA